UUUUUUAACAGAACUUCUUGCACUGUUUAUUUUUCCUCUUUUUCUCUUCUUGUCGGAGAAAAGAAAAAAAAAGAAGAAUGAUGCAACAACAAAUUUAGCUGAAAAGAACAAACCUAAGGUGCAGUAAUAAAAAGCAGAUCUUAAAUGUAUGUACUUACGAUCUAUCGAAACUUACUAUCGAAACGUGAACAAGAUUGAUAUCCUGAAAUAAAUUGUCCUGAAAUUUUUUAAAGUGACUGAUUCAACCAACCUUUGUAUUUUCAUAGUAUUUUAUAAUAUUAUAUUUGGCUGUGAUUAAAAAAAGCGUAGCCGACUUUGUUUCCAAUUAAAUUAAGCUCGAUUUGAAGGUUGAGCUCACACUCGAACCAGUAAGAGCAAUUUACAGAAACGCAAUAUAUUAGGCAUACAAUUAUUAAAAAUAGAGUACUUGAGCAUACUGAGAUAGGAUGGACAUAACUGCACAUAAUUGAACACAAUUUUUAAUGGAUUACAAUAAAUUGAGAUUUAUUAAUAUCAAGAAAAAGUUUCAACAAUUUUCCCGGAGCUGAGAAUCUUCAGAAGUAGAAGGACAGUUUUUCAGAAUUUUUGAUUGCAUGAAAAUUCAUUAUUUUUUGGGGGUAAAGGAACAAUCUUAAAAUGUAUAAGAUGAUAUCAAGGACUGCCUUGCCCAAGGGCAUGAACAUGUUGGAGCCUUUAAAACACACUUCAAUACAGCGGGGUCUUGUGAAAGCAGAGAGGGAAAUGGAAAAGACAGGCAAAGUGGCCAACCUAAAACAGUACUGGUUCAGCAGGUACAUAAACUAUAUCAAGAAUUACGAGAGCACGCUGGAGCAGAAGUUUCCGCGUACAAUGCAGAUGUAUCGCGUGUUCAGCGUUGGCAGCAGAGAUGUGUACACAGACUUGAAAAGGUUUGUCACCGCGGUAAAGAGACAGGGCUCAAAUGGCGUAGAUUGCUUAACACGGGAGGAGCUGCAGCUGAUGCACACGAUGCCGAGGGAUCUGCGAAAGCUCUCGCCGUUGUUUCUGCUGUCAGCUGUCCCGUUUACGAAUUACAUUAUUUUUCCCUUAGCUCUGUACUUUCCACGUUACUUACUGACCUCACACUACUGGACACUGCAGCAGAGGCUAGAAUUCAUGCUGUCUGAACAUAAGGUGAGAUUGAGGCACAACAGGCCAUUGUUCAGGUGUAUGCAGGCAGAGCUUAAAAGUAUCAAGGAUAAAGCACUCAGGAUCAAAUGGCAAGAUGCUAUAGCUUGCCUAGGAAGUGGUACACAUCCAACCACCAAGAAUAUUGUAGCUUGUUCCAAGCUUUUUUCAGGCCCACCAUAUUCCCUUGAUAAUCUCAAGAGGAGACACCUGAAAGAAUUAUUGGCAAUACAUGGUAUGUCACUGUGGAGACCUUUCAAGAGGAAAAGACUGAUGGAAAGGGGUAUGCUAAUAUUACGAAUGGAUCGCGCUAUCGUACGAGAAGGAGGAGUAAAAGAAAUGUCUAAUGAAGCAAUGCGAUGGGCAUUAUCCUUUAGAGGUGUAAAUCCUGCAAAUAUGUCUAUAGAAAGUAUGAGAAACUGGCUUGAACAAUGGUUAAUAGUAUCUGCGUUAGUUGACCAAAAUAAUAUAUCUUUGUUAUUACACAGCCCUAUUUUAUUAGCUUAUAAUCAUUCAACAAAUUGGAUUCUUAUAUAUAACUGAAAAAAGAGAACGUCUUAGGAUUUUUUUAGCUUUUGCAAAUUGUUUAUUUUAAUAUCGUUAUUCACAAAAGUUUACUUUGGGAUUGUUAAUCAAAUUAGCGUCCGAUCUAUUUCAACCAUAAAGUUUAUAUUAUAUAUUUAUAAUUCAACUUUAAUCCACAAUUAGAUAUUUUUUCAUUUAUGAAUAUAAAUAAAUAGUAUUUAUAUUAUGCGAACAAAUUCGUUAUAUUUAUCUCUGAUACGUAUCAUCAUUAAAUAACCUAUAUGUGUAAAAACAGUUGCAAUAUAUUGUUUUGUACAUAUAUGUAAAAAAA